AUGAGUGAGGAAGAACGGGAGAAAAGAGCCUACGUUCUUUUGGGUAUAUCUGUCUCGCGUGAACCAAGUCACGACUCCGUUCUACGUACAAGACCGUUGGCACCACCGCGUGAUGUUAGAAGACGCUUGCGGACUUUAGAACGAAUGUUGUCUCUCAACGGUCGCGCGUCAGAACGUUGUUAUGUGCUACAUGAAUUGGCCCGACUCUAUGUUGAUACCAAACAAGCACACAAAGCAAGGGUCUAUGCUCAUAAGGGCCAAGCAGAGGCUAGGUCUGCCGAUCAACGGAUCUGGUUGCUGAACCUCACAUUUCUCCUGGCGCGAUGCCACUUACUCCAAAACAACAGACCUGAGGCGAGAGCGGCAUUACUUGAGGGUGCCGGGUUGGCACGCUCCUUUGGUUUUGCAGAUGCCGUUGCAUUUUUUGAUACGUGCGUCAACAUAUCGGCGGAAGGAGAGAUAGGAUCAUCAGAGGCGUUACUGGAUAAGCGUGAAAAGGAAAUGGUUAAUUUGAUGCAGGAUGAAGACCUUAAGUCAGCUGCGAAGUAUCUGUUUAAAAGGAUGUCUGUCAUACCUGCUUCAAGGUUAGAAUCC